CGCGCCGGGCUCCCAGCGCGAGGCGCUGCCCCACUUGUCACCCACUUCGGACGGGCGUGGCGUGGCCCCGUACCGUCCCGCUCCCGGCCGCCGCGGCCACCUGGGCCGGGGGUGUCGGCGCGGCCACCUGGGCGGGGAGGCGCCGGUUCAGCCUCGGCCCGCGGGACGAGGGCCGGGGCGAGAUUCCAGGCGGUCCCAAGCCGGCCUCAGGCCACCGGGCGCCCGGCGGUGGGCGUUUGGCUUUUGUUUUCUCGGGGCGGGCGUCCCCGGUCUCCCCCCCUUCUCCGCCGACAGCUGUCUUGUGUGGCGGUACAAGGCUGCGGCCGAGACACCCUCAGGCGCUUCCUCACUCCAGCCCCUUUUCCUCCCUGGUCGUGCUCUCCCAAGUUCUGCCCAGCCCCGGGGCCGGAGCGGAGGAAGUGCGCGCUGGGGGACGCCUCGCCAAUCUGUGGCGGUUUAACUAGCUCCAGCCACAAGCCCAGAACUGCGCCCCGGGGAGCGCUGCCCAAGCCUCCCGGGCUUUCUUCGCGGAGAUGGGCCGAGGGCGAGGCGAGCGGACCUGGGGACACCUGGGCCAGCGCCGCAGUUACCUGCGGGAUUGGUGGAAGCCUUUCCCCAAGAUUGCUGUGCUAUGCCUUGUAUGACAAAAGUCCUCCCACCAAGAAUACUUUUGCCUUGACACCUGUGGACGGUCAGACUAAAAACACUUUGCUAAGGAGUGCUAAAGUGGCAAUGAAACAGCCCAACAGAAAGAGGAAGCUUAGUAUGGAUUCCAAAGAGCAUUUGAAUCAGGAUGGAUGCUUGGAGCAAGCUGAAGAAGAAAAGAAGCCCAGGGAUGGUGCCACCCCAUUGAGUCACGUCCCCUCAGUGGCUGCACAGGAAGCUUGGUCUUGGGAGCAGUACUUGACAGAACAGAAGGCUAUAGCGGCACCCGUGGAACUGUUUUCCAAGGACCAAUCCUUUCCGGAGCACGAAAAUGGUUUUCAGGUUGGAAUGAGAUUAGAAGGCAUUGACCCCCGACAUCCAUCUGUAUUCUGUGUACUGUCUGUAGCUGAGGUGUGUGGUUACCGCCUAAGACUUCAUUUUGAUGGUUAUUUAAGCUGCUACGAUUUUUGGACCAAUGCUGGUUCCCCUGACAUUCAUCCAGUAGGGUGGUGUGAAAAGACCAAACAUGAAUUGCACAUCCCUAAGGGUUAUAGAAAAGAUAAAUUUGUUUGGAUGGAUUACUUGAAGGCCUGCAAAUUGCAAAAUGCUCCCAAGAAAUUAUUCAGAAACCGGAGUUCUAAUGGGCCAAUGCCUAAAGAAUUUCAGGUUGGAAUGAAGCUGGAGGCCGUCGACAGGAAGAACCCUUCCUUGGUGUGUGUGGCAACCAUAGCAGAUAUUGUUGAAGAUCGCUUACUAGUGCAUUUUGACAAUUGGGAUGAUAGUUACGAUUACUGGUGUGAUGUAAAUAGCCCUUAUGUCCAGCCAGUUGGUUGGUGUCAGGAGAAUGGAAGAACUCUGAUAGCACCCCAAGGUUAUCCUGAUCCAGAAAAUUUUUCCUGGACAGAAUAUCUGGAAGCUACUCAAACUAAUGCUGUUCCUGCCAAAGUUUUUAAAAUGCGGCCACCCCACGGUUUUCUGCCCAGCAUGAGGCUUGAAGCGGUGGACAGACGGAACCCCAGGCUAAUUCGCGUGGCUACAGUCAUCGAUGUGGAUGAGCAGCGGUUAAAGGUUCAUUUUGAUGGCUGGGACCACAAAUAUGACUACUGGAUGGAUGCAGACAGCCCUGACAUCCACCCGAUUGGAUGGUGUGACAUAACAGGGCAUCCCCUGGAAGUACCAUAUCGAGCAAAUGAUGUGAAAAUCCUUCCAGGUCAAGCAGUUUGUCCUACUCCAGGGUGCCGAGGAAUAGGCCAUAUCCGUGGUCCACGGUAUUCAGGACAUCACAGUGCUUUUGGCUGCCCGUAUUCCGACAUGAACUUGAAAAAGGAGGCAACUCUUCAUGACCGUCUGCGAGAACAGACACAGGCAAAUUUGGAAUCUGACUCUUCACAUUCAAGAUCAAAGAACCUCUGUAGUUUGAACUUCAACGGAAAACACGAGAAGGUGAACAGUCAGCCCAGACUUGUACAGCAGGCAAAGUGUUUGAAAAUCAAAGGAAAAGAAGAUAUUGACUUGGAUAAUCUCUUCAGAGGGUUGUCGGUUGCCGGGGGCUGGGUGGGAUGCAGGCUGCCUGGAGCUUCAUCAUCAUCGCGUCAACAUGAGUCACAUUAACUCCAUUCAGCCACCCAGCCCUUCCUGCACCAAGUGUGGAUCUUGAGAGACGCCAUGAGUCAUCACUCUUCCAGACUGCACCGUCCAAUAGAAAUACAACACUAGCCACGUGCGAGCUGCAAGUUUUCUAGUAGCCACAUUUAAAAUAACAAAAGGAACAAGGAAAGUUAAUUUGGGAUGCCAUUUUAUUUAACCCAUAUCCGAAAUAUCAUUUCAACAUGUAAAUCAAGAUUACAAAAAAAAAAACAAAACAAAAAAUGAAGGACGGAUUUCACAUUCUUUUUUUUUGGUACUAAGUCAUCAAAAUCCAGGACAUGUACACUUACAGCGCAUCUCAGUUUGCACUGUCCACAUCUUAUGUAUUGCAUGGCCACAUGUGGCCAGUGGCUGCUUUGCGGACAGUACACAGAUCUAGAACAUGCAGGGUUCUUCAUUCUCCUGAUUCUGUCGAUAAGGCCACUGGGAAGUCCCUAACAAUCUCUGACAUUUCUGUGCUUUGUCUCCCACAUUCAUGUAAAACCAAUACAGAAGAAACGGGUUUGUGAUGAGGGAGGACUAAUAACCACAAUCCUAAAGCACUCUGCAGAUAAAAAUGUAUGGAUUCCAAAUAACAUGGUUAUGAAGAAGUAGAACGUGGGUCAGCAGACCAAUCACCCCACUUGUUUUAGUAGUAAUGUAAGUCACGGUUAGGAACCAGCAGUGGGCCAAGUUCCCGCUGGGAACUGAAUGCCUGUUCGGGUGUGUUCCCACACAGCACGGAUGGCAUGGUUGUCUCACCAAUGGUGUUCGGGAUCCCCUUGUUCUGCUUUUCACUUUCACUUUAGGGAAACUGGCAGGUAAGAAAAUAGAAAUGAGAAAGGAUUGAGUGAGUCAAACCCCAUUACAAUCAAGAGGAGACGAGUUAGCAUAGAAAUGAGGGCUCCAAGCAUGGUAAGAACAGAGACCUAGAAACAAAGGGAUCACGGGAAGAAAAAAUGUUGCAAACUGUCAAGCCCCUUUUGAACAUUUCCUUGCUCCUCCAGGAGCAGCCACUCCUGGAGCUCGGUGCUGCAGGCGGAGUAACUUCUCAGUGAGUGCUGGGUACAUUGAGGAAAGUCAGUCCGGGACUGUCACGGAUUAUGCAGUAGGCCAGAGAAAACGUAAUCAGAUAUGGGGACCCAUGGCAAUUUUUUUUUUUUUUUUUUUUGCUUCCUCCUUUUUGGAACAGAGAACACAAUAGAAUUGCUACCCCUUUCAUUGAAGAGAAGGUUGCUUGCGAAAUGGGUCUCUGUUUUUAGUGGGAUUAAAAAUAACCUGAGACCCAGCCAUGCAGCCUCUGGUUACCAUUUAUGACUCACUUGCUACAGUUUUGUUGUGUGCGCUUUUGUGAAGAAACAGCCAUAUUUUUAAAGAGCAUUUCCAUAAAGGAUUUUUCUCCCUUUGUGGGGGUAGAGCAGAAGUUGGAAGAACCAGAGGGGCAGAGAAGAAAUCAGGGACCUACUUUCAUGUUAUUUUCAGAUGAAUUAAAAACCUUUUGUCUCUAAAUCCUCCAGACUUUGUUUAAGUCCGUGGAAUGGGGAGGCAGAUCGUGCUUGUACACCACAGUCAUGCGUCUGUUUGAUCAUUUCACCCGAGAGGCAGCCUCUGAGUCACACGGCAUCCACAACCGGCCUGAGCUGGCUGUCCCCGUGGACUGGGAGAAGAGGGCCUGUGCCCAGCGAGGGUUUUCCCAUUCAAGAGCAGAGAGACUCUGGUCUCCUCGGGGAGUCCAUUGGAGUCGAACAAUUUACUGCCUCUGCAAGAAAAGUAAUGACAACGUUUUUGGAGAUGGGAUUAUUUUCUCCUCUCUGAGUGGAUGCCGAUCCACGGCCAAGUGCCCUGGGACGCUAGUUAGGGCGUCCCGUAUCCUGGCGCUGGACACACACGGCUGAACCCCCUGGCCGUGGGAACGGGCAAUGCUCCAAACCUUGAAGCGACUUGACUGGAAUCCUUAAACCCAUCAUUAUAAAUUUUUUAAAUUCAUAACACCCAAAAGAAACACCGAGAGAAAAACAGAGGCAAAAAAAAACCUCUUCCAAACUAUUCUACAAAUGGCAAACCACGGAGGUGACAGAUAUCACGUGCUCUGUUUUCUGGAAAAGGAAAGACAUUUUAAAUGUAGGGGUAUCUUUCCCUAUUGUCACUCACUCAUUGGUGUUAAAGGCAAAGCCAGGAUUACGCAUGCAUUUCCUUUUCUGGUGCAAGAGGCAUUUUGAUUAAUUAAAAUCUUAAAACCUGUAAGUAGGGGGGCUGCUUUUGCAGGCUGAGUUUUCUUGGCUGACCUUUAGGGGAGCUGGCUGGGAAUCACUGCUGCAGUGAGGCCAUGUAACUGCGAAGCAGCCCAUAUCCCUCGGCUGUGUUAGGUGGACAAUGGGUUGGAUGUCGGGCCUGAGGGGUGAAGUCCGUAAGUUACCGGGUUAGAAAGACCCUUUGUGUCCCCUGCUCAUGGCGGGCACCCUCUUCGAAAAUAGAUGGCUCUGCUUACUCCAAGAGCCCCAAGACCGAAUGACCUGAUCGUUUUCAUUUGAUAAUAGUUUCUGAAGACAGCAUAUACUUUUCAUCAUAGGCUUACGCUUUUUAAUUUAUUAGCAACCAUUCAGGGAGUAUCUAAUAUGACAUGAGCUGUGCUGGGCUUGGUAAAAAGUUAAAAUCAGCAUGUUCACAUUUGAUAAAAAUGUAUGCAGAUUUUUAAGUGGAUAUUUUCAAAAGUCUAAUUUUAUGCGCGGAAUUUAAAAUAAUGCAAAUCACCCCACAUUUUAAAAGUCUGUCAAGAGCCACAUAAUUUCAAAGCUGGCAGGCUGCACGCAUUUUAACCAUGUUACCCUGUUGCUGCACAUUGGCACCAGCCUGCCUGGGCAACAGAUGCCCUACCCAGCAUCACCGGUGGCCAGGGAUCCCACACUCAUCGCCUUCCAGCGGGAUUCUGCACGUGAUCUUGGUGACCACUACUCUGUCCUUUCAGGACCACUUGGGUGUGAAAUCAGAACAUGGCCUGGAGAUCCUGGGUUUCAGCUGAAUUUCAGCUUUCAUAGGUUUUAGGCAUAUCCAGCCAUGCGGGCUUUGGAAAUUUUAUAUGUCCGAACAUUCACUAUUGUUAGAACUUAAAAAAUCUUUGUAUCUUAUGUUUAAAAACAAAAUUCAGUCAGUUAAGCAUCCAAUUCUUGAUUUUGGCUCAAGUCAUGAUCUCACAGUUUGUGAAAUCGAGCCCUGAGUUGGGCUCCAUUCUGACAGCACAGAGCCUGCUUGGGAUUCUCGCUCUCUCUCUUCUCUCUCUGCUCCUCCCCAACUUGUGCACACACAUGCACGCACACGCACACAUUCCCUCCCUCUCUCUGUCUCUCUGUCUCAAAUUAAACAUUUAAAUUUUGUUUUUAAUUAAAAAACUCUAAAAAUAAAAAUGGGCACCUGGGUGGCUCAGUCAGUUAAGCAUCCAACUUCAGGUCAGGUCAUGAUUUCCCAGUUCGUGAGUUUGAGCCCUGUGUCAGUCUCUGUGAUGACAGUUCAGAGCCUGCUUCAGAUUCUGUGUCUCCCUCUCUUUCUGCCUGUCCCCUGCUCUCUCUCACUCUCUCUCUCAAAAAUAAAAUAAACAUUAAAAAUUUUUUGGGGGCGCCUGGGUGGCGCAGUCGGUUAAGCGUCCGACUUCAACCAGGUCACGAUCUCGCGGUCCGUGAGUUCGAGCCCCGCGUCGGGCUCUGGGCUGAUGGCUCGGAGCCUGGAGCCUGUUUCUGAUUCUGUGUCUCCCUCUCUCUCUGCCCCUCCCCCGUUCAUGCUCUGUCUCUCUCUGUCCCAAAAAUAAAUAAAAAACGUUGAAAAAAAAUUAAAAAAAAUAAAAUAAAAAUUAAAAAAUAAAUAAAUAAA